AUGGCGGCCUUGCUUCCGCCUAGAUUCCCCUGUUGGUGUCGCGCAGUGUACUCCUGGGGCGGUGAAACCGACAAAGACCUGGGCUUUAUCGAGGGUGAUUUGAUUGAAUGUCUGAACGCUGGAGACGGUUCUUGGUGGAUGGGGAGAUUGCGCAGAGACAAGAGAAUGAUGGGUGUUUUCCCUUCGAAUUUUGUGGUCGUGCUCGAGGAAGGCUUUAAUCCGGUCAGUCGGUCAGCGAGCCCUAUGCCAGAGUUGCACAAAAGUGAUAGCCAUACCAAAAAUCCUCUUGCGCAAAUUCAGGAGAAGAGAGAGCGAGAAAAAAGGAGGCGACCCUUUCAAGGAUACAAAAGUGCAAAACCCCCAACAGGCAAGGGUGUAGUACAGCCUCAGGCAGUUCCAACGCAAGCGCAAGUACAGCCUCUCCUCGAUCGAGGGGAUCCCCCUUCUACAGUCUUGUGGCAACAACGACCGGUAUCUCGAGGCACAUCACGUUCGCCAUCUCCCUUGCCCCAUCACGAGAUUGGGUCUUCCCCUCCUCCUCCGCCACCCCACAGAGUGCUGGGAGGACAAAAUGGCUCCAUCUCCAGAGCCCCAUCACCUCAACAAGUUGAGAUGAAUGACAGAUAUCAAAGAAUAACUCGCACGCCAUCUCCAGCUCCUCCCUCUGUGAAUGGUCACACACCGCCCAUGAUACGCAGUGCGAUGGACGAUGUGAUGUCUUCGCUCGACGACAUGACGCUAGUGAGGCAAGAUUCACAACAUCAACCAGAGCGAGAGUUCAAUCCCUGGUCCCCCGAAGCUUUUGAUAACUUCCGUCGACCCAACGCAAAUCAAAACACCCGUCCAAUCACAUCCUUAGAAUUCGGCACCAGUGGCGGACAGUUUUCCGAAGGACGAAUAAGUUAUAGCAGCCGUCACAACAGUCCCGACCGCUUUCAAGAUGGCUCAACUCAGCUCGAGACAUAUGUUCAGAGAAUGGAAAGUCGACUUCGGCGAAUGCAACAAGCUCGCGAAGGGAGUGAUCCACAAGCAAUGGAAAGCGAUCCUCCAGAACCGCCACCCAAAAACUCCCCUUGGGCGUCGAGGCCGGGGUCAGCAGCACCUUCUCGGCGACUCUCGAUGCGAAAGAGGAAGUCAGCUUUUGAACUGGGAGGAGACAGCCUCAAUCGGACAUAUACAACCAAGACCAACUCUACCAACUCGAGCAGUGGUGUGCAAAGCGUGGCAACCAACUCUUCGCACCAGUCAAGCAUGACCAGCCAAAGUUUGAUGAGUGGAUUUUCUGCAGGCGGUCUCAGCGCCACCAGUGCCGGCAGCCUUGCAAGAAAGAGAAUGGGCAGCAUUCGAGAUCGCAUGACCAGACCGAUGACCAGCGCAGGAACAAGAAAUGAGCAAUGGGAACGAUCUGACGGUCGACCAAAAACACCAAACACUGCCAUCUCCUUCCAUUCAAGCCAGUUUGACUCAAGAGCAGGCGCUCGAUCUGCCGUAGGCUGGGACGAUGCGAGCAGAGACUCGAUUGGUGGGCUAGGUGGCUUCACAACACCUAGAGCGAAGAAGCCCGGCUUCUUCAAAAAGUUGAUGGAUAGUGCAAAAACAGGCGCAGCUAGUGCUCGAAGCACGAUCUCGGCAAACCAGACACCAAGCAACGCGGGGUCUCCUACCAAGAUAACGGGGAUCGCUGGAGGCACAGCAUUCAAUGCACGUUUCCAAGCCACCGCCCAGUCCGAUACUUUUGGAAGAGAUGCCGCAAGAGAAAUGGGGCUUUCAAGCGGUGCAACGAGUGGCUAUAUCCUCACUCGCCGAGACAUCAAUCGAUCAAACACCCCAGGCCCAUCCGAACGGCAAGAGAGAGCCAAUCGAUGCAUGAUGCUUGAUCAACCAGUGAUAUGUCCGGUCGAAGAGCUCUACAAAGGUCUCCAGGGAAAUGAGGAUGCUGACGGCCAUCCAGUGCAUCAGCCAUUCCAACUCAGCAACCCAAGCUUUAGUCAAGUGGACAAGGCAACUCGUUUCAUUACCAGCCUCCCAAGCAGUAUAACAGCAGCAACGUUGGCAAACGGCUACGUUUGUCGUCCACACCGAAGUCCUGUGCAAAGACUUCGCGCAAUAUUCAUCUGGUGUGCGGAGAGAAUCAACUGGGAAGAAGAUUACGAGGUCGACAGAUAUAAUUACAACCGACCAAUCGACACCAGGAAGGUUAUUCAAACUAAGAGAGGCACUAGUGAAGAGAUAUCAGCCCUGGUUGUCGAAAUGUGCACUGCUAUUGGAGUGCACGCUGAGAUGAUCCAAGGUUAUCUCAAGGUGCCAGGCGAAGAUCUUGACCUGGAUGCUUUAUCGCGACCGAACCAUUUCUGGAAUGCGAUCCUAGUUGAUGGUGAAUGGAGAAUGUUGGACGCGAGCCUUGCGAGCCCAACUAAUCCUAGACGCUCGCUGUAUUCCAGUGUAAGCACUGGCAUCGCCGAGGCUUGGUAUUUCCUCGCAUUGCCUAAUGAGAUCUGUUGGACUCACAUUCCCUUGGAUGAUGCGCAACAGCAUAUGGUUCCGAACAUCAGCCCCGAUGUUCUACUCAGUCUUCCAGGGACGUGCCCGCCCUUCUUCAGACAAGGGCUUUCCCUGCAUGCGUACGACACAAGCGUCAUCAGAAUGGACGGUCUCGAGAUGUGUACGGUGGUCGUCAAUGUGCCCGUAGACUUGGAGAUCGUUGCAGAAGUGGAGGCCAGAAAGUAUCUGCGUGACCAAGAUGGCGAUGUUUACGAGGACGCCGAUGGCGUGACGAAGAAAAGAUGUUUAGCACAACCAAGUUGGUAUAGGACAAUACCAAACACCGAGAUCAUGCAAAAGCGCUAUGUCAUCAAAGCCAUCCUCCCCGGGGACGAAGGUAUCGGAGCUCUCAAAGUCUAUGCUGGCAAGAAAGGACUCAUGUUGAGUUCCAGGGAUAUCGUCCAUCCUCUGGCCUUUUCAAUACCGUUAUACAAUUCUGGGGAGAAUCCUGCCUAUGACUUUGUCAUGAGGCACCCUACUCCUCAUGCUACAAGGCAAGAUCUAUACGUUGUGCAGCCCCAAUGUUUGAGACUCGGUGUUGGAGAAACAUAUGUCUUCUGUGUAAGACAGCACACUGCCUCGGUGGUUUCUACACCUGCAAAUGAACAGACUGGAUUUGAUUUGCGACCGGUUAGUCCGAAUCCCAUGGCCAGACCGGCGAGCGCCAUGAGUAUGACUAGCAGCGCCGCUGGUAGUAAUCCUAGCGAACAAGCUAGCAAUGGUAUCAAAAUCAAAGAUAAACCUGCAAAAUUGGCCAUUCAAAGUCCAAGUGGGAAAAUAAUUCGAUUAAACCGCAAAGCGGAAGGGCUGCCCCAGGCGAUUGCUACAAAAGACGUCGAUGGUGAGGUUUUGGGCAGUGCCUGGGAAACAAACCUGAAGGUACAAGAAAGAGGCGUUUGGAGAGGACUGGUGCUUGCAGAUCGCAGUGCUAGAUGGUGCGUGUGGACGGAAUGGGAAUGCGUAUGA